CUGCGAUAGAUAAAUGCGAGUCCGUCUUUGAUUUUUAUGAAGCUAGUUUAAAUUUCUUGGUCUUCCUUUUUUUAAUUAUUGAUGGGUCUCACCCUACACAAUUUACAGAGUUAAUGCAAAUUGACCGUGAAUCCCAAUGUUCAUCUUCUGAUGAAUGCAUUCGGUUGGAUCUUGAAGAGAAAUGGAAGGCAGAUAUUGUCUACAAUACAUUAAUUGUUGAUAAACUGCCAAAGCGAAGUCAAUCAAAGUUACAACUUGAUCUAGAAGGAACUUAUCUAGUUGUUAAAAUAACUUCAAAUGAUCAAAAAUCUUUAAUGAAAUCAGCAAACAAUGUUUUUGACAUGUGCCAGUUAUCUAAAAAUUGUAUUGAGACUGUUGGAGCGUAUAAAUAUCAACCAAUCAAUUCUGUUAAGAGAAUUAAAGAAAAGAACAAUCCAAAGAAGAAGAAUGGGAAAAUAAAUUGUUAA